AUGAAGAUAUUUGGGCUGAAAGUGAAGAAGAAGAAGAAAGACGCCUCCGACCUGGUUCUGGCAAACAAAGGAGCUGUGGACAGUGAGGUUGACGUGUCUCCUGAGGCACCACUCUUGCAAGUUGAAGAACAACACCACCCCGACCAGCCUGCGGUCAGAACCAGAACUGUACCCAACACAAAAAGAGCCAAACUCAUAACUCGCAUCCACGACAGUGAAGGGAAACCGCAGAGCUUCCAGAUUGCCGUCAAUAUCACAGAAGCCAGGCAACUUGUGGGGGAAAACAUUGACCCCAGCGUGGUGAUCGAGAUUGGCGAAGAAAAGAAACAGACGACGGUCAAAGAGGGAACCAACGCUCCGUUUUACAACGAGUACUUUGUGUUCGACUUCUUCGCCCAUAAAGAAAUCUUCUUUGACAAAGUCAUCAAGCUGACGGUGGUUCACUCCAAAAUGCUGAGGACUUUCUCUGUGGGGUCCUUUAAGUUGGACGCAGGGACGGUCUACAAGCAGCCAGGUCACCAGUUCAUCAAUAAGUGGGCGAUGUUGACCAAUCCUGUUGACAUCAGCACUGGGGUCAAAGGUUACAUUAAGUGUGACGUCAGUGUCUCGGCAAAGGGAGACACCAUGCUGCCAGGGCUGAAAGCAAGCGAUGCUGAAGAACAGAUAGAAAAGAACUUGUUGAUUCCAGAGGGGUUUCCCUCUGAACGACCGUGGGCUCGUUUCUGUGUGAAGGUGUACCGAGCGGAGGGCCUCCCCAGGAACAACUCCAGCAUCAUGGCCAACGUCACCAAGGCCUUCAUCGGAGACAACACGGCCCUCAUAGACCCGUAUGUUGUGGUCACCUUCUUCAGACAAGUGGGCCGCACGUCCACUCAGAAGUCCACCGCCGACCCGGUGUGGAACGAGCAAAUCGUGUUCACCGAGAUGUUUCCUCCUUUGUGUCAGAGACUGAAGAUCCAGGUCUGGGAUGAGGGGAGCGUAAAUGAUGUCGCCAUAGGAACCCAUUAUUUAGACCUGAGACGCAUUUCCAACGAACAAGAUGGCGACAAAGGGUUCUUACCAACAUUUGGUCCCGCCUGGAUCAACUUGUAUGGCUCGGCCCGAAACUACUCUCUGGGCGACGACACAGGAGAGCUCAAUGAAGGCAUCGGAGAGGGCGUGUCCUACAGGGGUCGGAUCUACUUGGAGCUGACGGUGGAGAUCAUGUCAGGGGGGGCGGGCUCGGAGUCCAAACUCAGCCGAAUGAGCAAACCUGUAAAAGAUGCUAAAGCAGCCAAAUCUGGAGGGAAGGACGGGAAGACUCCUGCUGUAGGAGGAGGUGGAGGAGGUGCAGGAGGAGCAGCUGAUGAUGACAAAGGGAAAGCUGGAGCAGCAGAUGUUCUGCCUGUGGAAUCUCCUCCUGUGCCGACUGAAGAUGACUGUGAGAGUUUCAUGCUGUUCGGUGCAAUCUUUGAAGCCACCAUGAUCGACCGGAAGAUCGGCGACAGGCCCAUCAGUUUUGAGUUCUCCCUGGGUAACUUUGGUAAUGUUCUGGAGUCUGCAGCUCAUCCGAGUGCCACGAGUCCUGCUGUGACUCGGAGGAGAAAAGCUCUAGACAUCCCGGACAGCAGCGAUGUGAGUGGCUUAUCCCCUCCUGGCUCCUAUCCUGUUGGUUCCUCCACCCUCCUCCUGCCCAAAGACCCAUCAGACUCCAGCAUGAGUUGCAAGUCCACCACCCCCCCAGAGAGACCUCAGAUCGUGGAAGGAAACAGACACUACAUGUUUUUACCGCUGGAGAAGAAGAAGCCCUGUGUUCACAUCCUGAGUCACUGGGAGGACAGAACCUACCGGCUGUACAACUCCAACAUGCUGGAGAAUAUGGCCAUACUGUUUGAGGAGGGAGUGAGCAGUGCAGCCAAGCUUCACACGAAGUUGGACUCAGCAGCUGAGUCGACUCUCAGAGCUGCCCUCAGAGACUUUGCUUCAGAUGCCAGGGACUUUAUCGCAGCUGCAGAGGCCAAGCUGAAGGCUGAACUCAAGCAAAGCUACAUGACGCAGCUCGACAAGAAGCGCCUGACGAUGUGCAGACAGGAGCUGGAGAGUCUGAUCACAGAGGUAAACUCCCUGGAGAAGAGAAGAAGAAAAACUGCAGGAGUGAAAGAGAUGCUGCAAGAAGCCACGAAACUGACGCAGAAACUACGCUUCCUGGUUGAGGAGCCCCAGCACACGGUGCCGGACACGUUUGUCUGGUUGCUAAGCAACAACAAGCGCAUCGCUUACGCCAGGGUUCGAACCAGAGACCUGUUGUACUCCAGCAGCCCAGAGUCCAGAGGACUUCUCUGUGGCAAGAUCGUAACGUUGUUUCUGAAGGCUCCAGGAAAGCGUGUUGCAGGGCUGUCACUCCAAGCCAAGCUGGAUGUUUAUCUUUGGUUCGGAUCUUGUUCGGACUCGGGCCACAUGUUGGACAAUCUGCCUGCAGGAUUCAAAGCGGACACAGAGGGCGCUGACGCCAGCAGUCCCCCGUCACAUCUGGUCUGCUCCGAGCACCAUCACUUCCAGCUGCGCUGCCACAUGUACCAGGCUCGUGGUUUGAUCGCUGCCGACACCACAGGCCUGUCGGACCCGUUUGCUCGAGUCACAUUCCUCUCACACAGCCAAACCACAAAUAUCAUCAGCCAGACCCUCAGCCCCAUGUGGAACCAGUGUCUGCCAAUGGGCCGGCUGCUGCUGAGCGGAGACCUGCAGUUCAUCCAGGAGGAGCCCCCACGCCUCGUCAUCGAGGUGUAUGAUGAUGACGCUCUGGGAAAAGCUGAGUAUCUGGGGUCCACAGUGGCCGUCCCCGAGGUGCGCCUGUCCUCUGCAGCCUACACGCCCCCCAUGCUGCAGUACAGCCCUCUCCACUGUGGCAACCAAUCAGGAGGAGACCUACUGGCUGCCUUCGAACUGCUACAGAUCUCCAAGUCUGACCAGCAGAGUCUGCCUGAUUUAGAAGACGGGGAAGGAGGCAUCUACAGGGUUCCUGCCAACAUCAGGCCCGUUCUCAGCACCUACAGGCUGGAGGUUUUGUUCUGGGGUCUGAGGGAGCUGAAGAAAGUUCAGUUACUGUCUGUGGAUCGUCCACAAGUGUUCAUAGAGUGUGCCGGUAAAACUCUGUGUUCCUCCGUCAUUCAGAAGUACAAGUCCAGCCCAAACUUCACCACCCUGGUAGAUUCCAUAGAACUGGAGUUACCGGAGAACGAACACCUGCAUCCUCCUCUCAGCAUCACGACUGUGGACUGGCGGGCCUUUGGUCGCAGCACCCUGGUUGGAAAUCACAUCAUAAACAACCUGAAGGCCUUCAAAUACACACCACCUCCACCUCCAUCUCCACCUCCUGCUGUCCACACACACAGCCCACCUCGGGCUCCAGAGACCCGCAGACUUGUCCUGACUCCAGAACCACACGCCGCUGAAGGCCUGACGCAGGAUACUGGAGAAAGCAGCUGCAGAGCAACACUAACCCAGCAGGACUUCCUGAUCUCUGUGGAGGAAGAAGCUCCUCCUGCUCCACCUCUACCUCAGCCUGAACCCAAGAAGAAAAAGGAGAGCCACUCGAAAAGUGUCCGUCGUUCCACGAAGAGGCGGAGGCGAACCAUCGCUGAUGAAUCAGCAGAGAGUGUCAUCGACUGGUGGUCCAAAUAUUACGCCUCUGUGGAGAAACAGGAAAAACAGAAGGAUAGCUCUCAGCUGCCUCACGUUUUUGAGAAAGCUUUGCCAUACCACAGCCUGCUCAAUGAUGGGAUAGACUCUCUGGUCAGCAGCCAGUCAGACGCAGAGAAGAAGAAGAAACUGAAAGGGAAAGGAACCCAGGAGCUCAGCAUCGGUCUGCGUACAAAACUAGCCACGCUGCAGUUGUACAACAAGGAGCUGGAGGCAGAGUUUGGUCCGUUUGAUGAUUGGGUGAACACUUACGAGCUGUUUAGGGGAAAAGUCAACGAGGAUGAGGGGGCAUCCGAGGAGAGGUUUGUUGGAAAAUUUAAGGGACGAUUCUGCCUCUACAAGCUGAGUGACGAUGAAGCAGGAAACUGGGGUGAAGUUGCGGACACAAGUCACUUCAUAGUUAGCAGAGGAGUCCCUCCCAACCACCAGGUCAAAGUCCUCAUACGGGUUUAUAUAGUCUCUGCAUCGAACCUGCACCCAGCUGACCCUGAUGGGAAGGCCGACCCUUACAUUGUUCUUCGGCUUGGCAAACAUGAAAUUAAAGACAGAGACAACUACAUUCCUAAACAACUAAACCCUGUUUUCGGAAGAUCUUUUGAGAUGCAGGCCACAUUUCCUCAGGAGUCUAUGCUGUCGGUGGUCAUCUAUGACUUCGACCUGGUGGGAGGCGACGACUUAAUUGGAGAGACUCGCAUUGACUUGGAAAACCGAUUCUACAGUCGACACAGAGCCACCUGUGGGCUUCCUUCUGAGUACAGCCUUGGGGGUUAUAACGCCUGGAGAGACUGUCUGAAACCAUCAGAGCUGUUGUCAAAGAUGUGUAAAGAAAAGGGUGUGGACGGCCCUCACUUCAGUCCAGGACGCAUCGUUGUGGCAGACAAAGUCUUCACCGGCAAGACAUUGUACAUGGAUGAGAGUAAAGAUGAACCUGUGGAGUCCUACGAGCACCUGUCUCUGAAGGUCCUGCAUCGGUGGGCUGAGAUCCCAGCUGUGGGGUGCAAACUGGUACCUGAGCAUAUAGAGACCAGAACACUGUACAACAAGGCCCGAACUGGAAUGGACCAGGGUCAGGUCCGGAUGUGGGUGGAUAUGUUCCCCAUGGACCUGCCACACCCAGGACCUCCAGUAGACAUCUCCCCAAGAAAACCAAAAGGGUAUGAGCUUCGUAUCAUCAUCUGGAACACAGAGGAUGUGAUUUUGGAGGACACCAACUUUCUGACGGGUCAACAGUCCAGUGACAUUUAUGUCAAAGGCUGGCUGAAAGGACUGGAACACGACCGGCAGGAGACUGACGUGCACUACAACUCUCUGACCGGAGAAGGAAACUUCAACUGGCGCUUUGUGUUCCCCUUCAGCUACAUGCCUGCUGAAAAGGUUGUGGUCGUAAAGAAAAAGGAACAUAUUUUCUCUCUGGAUAAAACCGAGCGGAAGCUCCCUGCCAUCCUCAUCCUGCAGGUGUGGGACUUCGAGACGCUCUCCUCGGACGACUUCUUAGGCACUUUGGAGCUGGACCUACAUGAAUUUCCUCGUGGAGCCAAAACAGCCAAGUCCUGCAAAACCGACAUGAUGGCGGAGCUGGGUGAGAGGACCUCCAUCUUCCAGCAGAAGAGAGCACGAGGAUGGUGGCCUUUCCUGAAAACUGGAGAGCUCACGGGGAAGGUGGAGGCGGAGUUCCAUCUUGUAACGGCUGAGGAAGCUGAGAAGAACCCUGUUGGCAAAGCUCGUAAAGAACCGGAGCCGCUACCAAAACCAAACCGGCCAGACACAUCCUUCUCAUGGUUUGUGAACCCGUUCAAAUGUUUCUUCCACUUGGUGUGGCGAAGCUACAAGAAGUACAUCAUCAUCGCCCUCGUCCUCCUUAUCACCGUGCUCUUCCUUGCCCUGCUCUUCUACACUCUGCCAGGAGCCAUCUCCCAGAAGAUAAUCAACGGAUAAUGGACUGAACACAGCAGACUUCUACAAAUACACAAACGCAACCAUGAACAUUUUUAACUUCCCAAACUCAUCAACUGUGACCAAGAAAACACGUCUGGUUGAUUUGAAUG